ACAUUUCAUUGUUGUUUAUUUAUUUUUUUAUUAUUAUUUAUCGACAAGAAAUAAGUAAAGCAUCGUUGCAUCAACUCCCCGCCCUCCUUAGGUGAGGGAGACUGAUGACGUCAUUUGGGUUCUCCCAUGACCACGCCUCGCUUUGUUACUGUGGAAACCAAUGACACUGAUGAGUGUAGUCAUCCAGAUGGUCAGUUAGCUGGCAAAGGUUAGCCAAAAAUUGCUAACCCAAACCAAGUUUUUUUUGCUGUCGCGUUACCGAUAAUUUACAUAAUGCGGAGCCGCUUGGACCUUAUCCCGGCGGGGUAAAUUCCCAGGGACAGAUCAGGAGGAAAACCAUGGACACUCCAUAUUCUAUUCAAAUGUCACAACAAGGAUAUUUGCCUUUACAUGUAAAAUAGCAGAUGCUGUAUAUGUAAUUAACACUAAAGUAUAUCAACCAUCCAGCAAUAUAAAUGGUUCCCCUGAAGGCAAAUCAGGCUAUGAUGGUAGAAGAAGAGAAGGAGGCUUCAGGCCCUCCAGAGAAGAGAAAACCCCGGGAAGAAGAAGAAAGUGACAAUGAGAAGGAGUUGGUAGAAGGACGAGGUGUAAGGAUUCCUUUGCAUCGCUGGGUUAUGCACGGAGCAGUGAUGUUUGGACGUGAGUUCUGCUACGCCAUGGAAACUGCCCUUGUGACGCCAGUAUUGCUGCAAAUAGGUCUACCUGAGCAGUAUUACAGUUUAACGUGGUUCCUCAGUCCUAUCCUGGGUCUCCUUUUCACACCUGUGAUUGGCUCAGCCAGUGACCGCUGUACUCUGCGAUGGGGCAGAAGAAGACCAUUCAUUCUUGCCCUGUGUGUAGGUGUGCUGCUGGGAGUGGCGUUGUUUUUAAAUGGAUCAUUAAUUGGCCUUUCUAUUGGUGACACUCCCAGCAGUCAGCCAAUUGGCAUUGUCCUCACUGUACUGGGUGUGGUGGUGCUGGACUUCAGUGCUGAUGCAUCUGAGGGACCAAUCAGAGCUUACCUCCUUGAUGUUGCCGAUACUGAGGAGCAAGAUAUGGCCUUGAAUAUUCAUGCCUUCUCUGCAGGUCUUGGUGGAGCAGUGGGCUACAUGUUGGGAGGUCUUGACUGGACUGGUACAGCUCUGGGUCAAGCAUUUAAAUCCCAAGAGCAGAUCCUCUUCCUGUUUGCAGCCAUCAUCUUCAUCAUCUCUGUCACAUUGCAUAUGCUUAGUAUCCCUGAGCAAACAUUAGCUCCAUCACAUCAGCUUAAAGUCACAGGAAGUGGAGAGUCUACCAGCCAAAUGUCUUUCAGGCCAUUUAGCCGCACACCCCCUCUAUUGGAUGUGAUUGCUGAGGAGGAUUGGUCUGCUCGAGCCCCAUCUCGAGAGGACAAAGAAUUAGACUCUGAGGAAGGGGAGAUGGACUUUCUGGCUGUGGAGCGAGUGCGGAGUAAAAGUGAUUCUGUGUUGGCAAUGCCUGAUGCUACAAUCGAGUUGGAUCCAGACCUCGACCCAGAUAGACAACUUUUCCUGCCAGACUUUCUGCAAGAGACGCAGGAAGAGCUGGAUGAUGCUUUCAAACCAUCAGACCGCAGCAUUGACUCUUCAUCUCCUGCUGGUGGAGCUCCGCCCAUAUCUGAUGGGAUGGUGAUCUUAGAUCCUGCAGAUUCAUCUCCAAAGCUUAAGGAUUCAACAAACAGUCGUCCCUCUGUCCUUCAGAUCAGUUCUGGCUCAGCAGACUCCCAUCAGAAAACACAGCAGGUCAAGGCUGUCAAUGGAGUCAAUUCAAUAAAAGGCAAUGGCUCCAGUAGGCUGCUGACCCGUCCCUCCAACUCCUCUGUGACAUCACGGCCACACCCCCACACCUUCUACAGACAGCCCUCUUUUACUUUUUCCUACUACGGACAUGUGCGAUCCCAGCGCUUUCGACUGCGGCGGACACUUUUAAGUCCUCAGCCAAUCACAACCUCACGCAGUCUGAAUGAUCUGACUGACCUCAAACGGCGUGCUGACAGGCGGGAGUUGCAGUUUUCGGCAAGCAGUCUUUCAUCUGAGGGCUCCAGCAUAGAGGAAGAAGGCAGGGGUACAACUGUUCGACUGCUGUGGUUAUCCAUGUUGAAGAUGCCACGGCAGCUGUGGAGAUUGUGUGUGUGUCACCUCCUCACAUGGUUCUCCAUUAUUGCUGAAGCUGUCUUUUAUACUGAUUUCAUGGGGCAAGUGAUCUACCACGGGGACCCAACGGCACCAUCCAAUUCAACAGAGCUCCAAAACUAUCACAAAGGAGUACAGAUGGGUUGCUGGGGACUGGUGGUCUAUGCUGCUACUGCUGCUGUGUGCUCCGCCAUCCUUCAGAAGUACCUGGAUAAUUUUGAUCUGAGCAUCAAAGUCAUUUACAUUGUUGGAACUCUUGGAUUCUCAAUAGGAACUGCUGUCAUGGCGAUCUUCCCUAAUGUUUAUGUGGCCAUGAUAAUGAUCAGUGGCAUGGGCAUCAUCUCCAUGAGUAUCUCCUACUGUCCCUAUGCAUUGCUUGGGCAGUACCAUGAAAUCAAAGAGUACAUUCACCACAGUCCAGCAAACACUAGAAGAGGUUUUGGUAUCGACUGCGCUAUCUUAUCCUGCCAAGUCUAUAUCAGCCAGAUUUUGGUUGCAUCAGCCCUCGGAGCUGUGGUAGAAGCAGUCGGCAGUGUGCGUGUCAUUCCUGCAGUGGCCUCUGGGGGUUCCUUCCUGGGCUUCCUUACAGCCUGUUUCCUGGUCAUUUAUCCUGAUGUGGAGCCCAGCAGCUCUGAGCAGGACCAGGUGGUGGUGGGUUUAUCUGGAGAUUCAAAUGGAGACAGGACCAGUGAGCAGAGGUUGGCUCUGUUGAACCUCACAGAUGGAGGUAGUUUGAAGAAGAUAGAGAAUCACUCUGUGGCCUGAGUAUGAACAUGUAAAGAAAUAGUCAUGAGCCGUUUUCACAUAUGCACUCUGGAUAAUAUCUAGAUAUUUACAGGAGGACUUCUCCGGACAUUCUGCCGACCUAGCCGUUCACAUAUGCUCCUCACAGCGGGGGACUUUCCCUGUCAAAGGGGAGGGGUCACCACAUGUGGGGAUUACUCCAGCUGCUUUCAAAUGUAACAGCUUGUGACUUUAAUAACUCUUACUUUGAAAGACAAAGAGUUGAUGAAGUAUCUACACAAUGGGAAGAUUUUCAUCUUCCUGGAGAAUGAAACUGACAAAAAACUCUCUUAAGACUGCUCUACUUGUAUUUUGCUACCUCAACCCUUAAAGAGAGGUAAAAGUUCAGAUAACUGGACUGAGAAAAGUAAGUCAUUAAAGCACAAAGCUCUCAGCUGCUCUAUAACUGCAUAUUGAACAAUCGUUAAUUUGUCAAAUGACAAUUUUUGUACUUCUAUAAUAUCCAGUGACUGAUACAGAUGCAAGUAUUUGUUCCAGGUUGUUUAUAGAAGGCCUUGAUAUAUGAUGUUUUAUAAUUCCACUCUGCAUUUGUUGUGCACACCAAACAUUUUUCUAAAUGUCAUACAAUUUUUUAUAUUCACAUUUAAGAUGUGUUUAAGAUGUUGGAUCCUGUUAAGAAACUCACUAGUGUGCAGUUAAAAGUGCAGAUUUUUUGUUCAUGCCUGUACUGAAACACGGAACUCUGAAUGCCAUACUCUCUUAAUUUGCAAUAAUAUACAGGGGACAUUUGAAUAUAAUUUAGUUAAAUGAUAACACAAUGGUUGUUUAUCAUGGCCUCUGAGAUAUAACCUUGAUUGGUUUUUGGUUUUAGUGUUAUUUUUUUAAACAGGGUGGUCUUCAUUUUGCUUUCUUGAGAUCUAUUCAAGAAAUGUUUUCACCUUUACAUUCCAAAUAGAGUUAAAUUGGUUGAUAUGUUCCAAAUCAGUUCAUGUUCAUUAUUGCAUGUUGGGCAAAAGGAUAGAAAUGUGCUGAUUAUAUCUUUAAACAACUGUAAAAACCUUGUAAAAAAAACAAAAAACGGGUCCUGUAGUAUAAUAAUAGCUCCCAUACUGCCAUGUUGUUUCAUCCUACCUCAGAAUAACGAACACAAGAGCCAGCAGAGAGACUGUAGAUGAUUAUUGGGACCAUUGAGUAACCGGCAAAAUAAUGUUUUUCAUGGUCUCUGACACACUUUAACAUACUGGCAGCAUCAGAAACCUACCACAGUGUUCACAGAGUAAUAAGCUACUUGUUAACAAGAACGGGAUAGUCUCCCAUUCCUUUAGUAGAACAGUAACACACUUGAGUGUGGAGUAAGUGCACAUUUGUCAGAGCACCUUUAAGUUAGCUAAAAACAACUAUUUAUUUAAUCAGGACGCUCAAAAAAACUGUCAUGCUGCCUUUUGAAUUGUAGCAAGGAGCAAGUACUGUAAUAUGCAAGGCAGUGGACUGACCUAUGCAAACUUGAAAAUCCCUUUGUUGGGGCUUUAUGACCAAAUCAACCACUUGCUACUGCUUGGGGAGUAGCAAAGGAGCCUUCAGUUGCCUUUCCUCGCUCUAUGUUUUUUUUUUCAGCUCAGAGGAAAUAAGGCCUUAAGACAUUGUGAAAACAUUGCACAGAUUGUUUUUCGUAGCAUAACAUUGUAUACUUUUAUGACCAGGUUGAGAGAAAGGUGCCAUUUGUUUUACAUUUUCACAGCCUGCUGAACAAGAAGUACAAGGGAACAUCAGGAUGUUGUGACAUUUUUAAAGAGAUAGUAUUUGGAACAAAUUAAAGAAAGUUUGAUAAUUUUUUUCACUAAUUUGUAUGCAAAUAAUGCAGAGAUUAUGCUUGGGUGUACCAUUGUGUUCUUUGGAAAUUAUUCUCAGCCUUUGAAAAUAUGCCUCUGACAGAACUGGCAUAUUGAAGUUAUUUUGAUUUUAUGCUGAUGUUAAAUGAAAAUCACUGUUCUGGUUUGAAAGUCAUGCACUGGCAUGUUAUUGUAGUGAUCGGAGGUUCUCUUUGCUGUUUAUUCAAAGAAAAUCAGGUAUUUUUGUACCAAUUUUGAAAGAAGACAAAGAAUGCACCUUC